AGGUCAUACCAACGUCUCGCAAAAAUCUUUCGUUGUGUUGGCGAUGAAACUUUUUUUUCUGUUGAUAAUAACGUUGUUACAAUAUUCUCUCUUCGCUUUUUUAUUUUUCAAAUCUAUGUGAAUAAAUUUAUGAGAAGAUUUUUUGUUGUUGAAAUAGUGCCAAAAUAUACCUACAAGUGUUGCCUAAAAAAAUGUGUUAUAAAACACGCGGUAUUCAUGCGUAUUUUGCAAUAUUGAAUCAAAAAGUCUUCUUUGCGCUUAUUCUAUGUGUAGUAGGAGUAGUAUAGGUAUCCCUCCCCAUGUUGAGUCUCUCUUAGUACGGCAAAGAGAGGGGAAUAGAACGUUUGGUAUAAGCGCCGCGAGAGAAGUUUAGUGUCAGUGGAAGAAUUGUCGGAGCAGCAUGAUUCUCGGGUUUUCCGCAGAACUUUUUUUUCACCUAGAACAAGUUGUGUGUAUAUAAUGAAAACACUAAAUGAGAAACUUUCAAGAUUUUCCUCUUAAAAAUUUCAAAAUGUGCUAAUUCCUCUCUACCUAUAACCACUUUUAGUAUUAGAAUAAGAUAUAUUUUAGUGCAAAUGUGAAGGCGUUUAUUGCGAAGAAUUUUACUCGAGUGCAAAGCACAAUGGUUUAGUUGAAAGAAAAAAGUGGAGAAAAUCUUUUCUAUUUAGGAAAUGUAUUAACUUUCAUGUUGUUAAUCCAUGGAUAUGGCUGAUUCCUCAAGUGCAGGAAAAAAGUCUCGACUAAAUCAAGAAGCAAAAUGUUCAUAUUUAGGAAAGCAUCUGAGCAAAUCGGCUUCGGAGUUGAGUUGUCGCGAUUGCAGUAUGGAUUCGCCAUCAGGAUCACCACACAGAACGCGCAGUAUAGCAAAUCCUGCAGUUUCUGGUGUCUUACAAAAAACUCAUGGCUUCUUUAACACAUUAAGGCAUCGAUUGGGACGAGGACGUAGCAAGGAGCGAGGGCGUCGUUCACCCCAGGAAGCACUUUUGAAUGAUCAGGACACACAUCGAGAACAACGCGAAAGCACAGACUAUGCUGCUGACAAUAGUUCCGAUCACAGUACAUCUGCAACACCACUGACACAAUCUCCACGCCAUCGGGCAACAACAAUUGGAGAAUCACCCCUAACACGGAAUGACACAGCGGGAUCAACCACUAAUAAGGAAAACAACCUACUAAAGGGAUUCCUUGAUCGAGGAAAAGACAAUGAGGCGUCUUCGAGUAAAGAAUACAAUUUGGAAUUUUUGCAAACAGACGAAGCACAAAAGAAGCGAGAAAUUUCCCUGAGGCAACAUGCAUUUUUCCAACUUAGAAUUCAUCUAAUAAGUGGCCAUAAUCUUGUUGCAAUGGACAAGAAUGGAACGAGUGAUCCGUAUGUUAAGUUUAAAGUUGGCGGACGACUUCUCUAUAAAUCACGUACAGUUCAUCGAGAUUUAAAUCCUGUAUGGGAUGAGACUUUCGUUGUACCCAUUGAGGAUCCCUUCCAACCAAUUAAUAUAAAGGUGUUUGAUUACGAUUGGGGACUCCAGGAUGAUUUUAUGGGUUCAGCACAGCUCAAUUUGACAACAGUUGAGCUAUGUCGAGCACAAGAUAUUGUCCUGAAGUUGGAGGAUUCCUCCCGGUCGGGUCGCACCUUGGGUGAAAUAAAAUUAUCCAUAACACUAUGGCCACGCACGCAAGAAGAUAAAGAACAGUAUUUUCAGCGUCAUCCCAAACUAGCGGAUGCUUCCAAGAGGCUUAAAUCACAAAUAUGGAGUUCUGUUGUUACAAUUGUCCUCGUAGAGGCACGUGGACUUCCGCCAGAUCCCGAGGGUAGUUUAAGUGAACCUUAUGUUAAGUUUAGAUUAGGCAAUGAGAAAUACAAGAGCAAAAAUUCAUGGCGAUCACGAUGGUUGGAGCAGUUUGAUCUUCAUUUAUUUGACGAUGAACAAAAUCUGGAAGUAUCUGUGUGGCGUCGCAAUACACAAUUGGGAUCGACUAAAUUGGAUCUUCGAAGUCUUCCGCGCGAACGUACGCAUGGCAUGUGGCAGGCACUAGAAGAAUCCGCCGGGGAGGUGUAUCUCCUCCUGACAAUCAGUGGUACCACCGCAUCUGAAACAAUAACUGACUUAACGUCGUACAAAGAGGACCCACGUGAACGUGAAAAGUUGGAAAAGCGCUAUCAUUGGUACAAAAGUUUCCAGAAUCUCCGCGAUGUGGGGCAUCUCACGGUGAAAAUAUUUGGCGCAACGGGAUUGGCGGCAGCAGACCUGGGUGGCAAGUCUGAUCCAUUCUGUGUGCUAGAAUUAAUUAAUGCAAGACUCCAAACACAAACAGAGUACAAAACACUUUCGCCAAAUUGGAAUAAAAUUUUCACAUUUAACGUUAAAGACAUGACAUCUGUGCUGGAGGUGACGGUGUACGAUGAAGAUCGUGAUCAUAAAGUUGAAUUUUUGGGGAAAUUAGCAAUUCCACUGUUGCGAAUUCGAAAUGGUGAAAAACGCUGGUACGCCCUGAAGGAUAAGAAGCUUUUCACCCGGGCAAAGGGUACCUCACCGCAAAUUCUUAUGGAAAUGACCGUUAUUUGGAGCCCCGUUAGAGCAGCAAUUAGAGCUUUGGAGCCACGCGAGGAGAAGCUGGUGCAGCAGGAAGCGAAAUUUAAGCGACAACUCUUCCUGAGAAAUGUUUCACGACUCAAGGAGGAAGUUAUGUAUGUCAUUGAUUGUGGUCGUUGGAUACAGAGUUGCUUCGAAUGGGAGCAUCCAAUGAGAUCAUUCUUUGCACUAAUCUUCUGGAUUUGUGGGUGCAUCUUCUUCGAUGUCUCCACCAUACCAGCCAUCGUUCUUUUGCUAUUACUCAAAAAUUGGUUCAUUAAGUGGCUCACAGGGCCAUCAUCGCACACCGUGGCGGAUGAAUUCGACAUGACGAGUGACGAUGAAGAUGACGAUGAUAAGGAAAAGGAGGAGAAGAAAACGAUAAAAGAACGAUUGCAAGCAAUACAGGAGGUAUCACAAACUGUACAGAAUACAAUUGGAUAUUUAGCAUCGCUUGGGGAGAGCGUUAAGAACACAUUUAACUUUUCCGUCCCAGAAUUGAGUUGGUUAGCUGCUAUACUUCUUUUUGCGGCUGUUUUGGUUCUUCAUUUUGUACCAAUGCGCGUUAUUCUUCUUCUAUGGGGUAUUAUAAAGUUCACCAGACGUCUAGUUAGACCACAUAGUGUACCCAACAACGAAGUUCUCGAUCUUCUAUCACGUGUACCAGAUGAUGAUGAUAUGAUAAUGUAUCGAGAAUUAACAACACAUUCUACCCCGGAAAUGGCACGAAGAGAUCCUAGGAAGAAAAUGAAGGCCACUUAAUACUGUUGUUGCUUAGAAAAUUUGUGGCGGGUGCUUUUCACAUAAAAUGCAACAAAUUUUGUGAUUUUUAUAAUAGAAUUAUAAAUUCAAAACCCUCCAAUUAAAUAAACAACAAAAAAAGACUUUUUGUUUUAUGAAACACAAUUACAUAGCAACAAAAAAACUAUAUAGGUACAUAGGUACAUUAUAUUUUGUAUGAAUAAACCAACAGAAAACAAUCAAUACACAAUAUCAAUUUCCAUAAAAGAAAAUUCAAAAACCUAUUGAUUUUUUUUAUAAUAUAUUAAAAAUUUAACAAAAAUUAGUGCUUUGUGGACAAAAAAAACAAUUUAAGCUUUUAAGUUUAUUGUAAAUAAAAAAAAAUUAGCUAGGUUCUAUCCAAUUAUUAAAAAAAAAUGAAAAAUGAUUGUUAUAAUGUGAUGUACUAAAGGUGUAACAUUCCUCAUUCAUUAUACCCACAUAAAAAAAUAUUGAAUCGAAAAACAAUUAGAAAGUGAUUCAUUGAUCAAUUUUAUCUUAUGAAUAUCAAUUAAAAAAAAAAAGAACAAACAAACUAAAAUCAUUCUGAAGCUUGUAAAAAAAAACAAUUUUUCUUCCGAAUAUUAAUAUAAUAUAGCUUAUUAUCCUAUUCUCAAGAAUUUUAUGCAAAAUCGUUAAAUUAUAUACUUAACUAUCUCUCCUAUAUAUAUAGUCAAUGUAUAAUGUAAAUUGGUUAAUUCAUUCAAAAACUAAAAAAAAAAAAACUUUAAAAUAAAAUUACAUAAAUUACCUAUAACACGGUUAUUCGCAAUAGUGUAAUAAAAUAAUGAAAAUUUUGAUUCCAUUGCGAAAAUUUUAUAGGUAUAAAAUCCUAUGUGCUACCUAUACAUUAAAAACAAAAGCUUCUCCUCAAGCAUAAGAAUUAAUCUCACAUGAAUCAGCUUGAACAAAAAAGAAAAUGCAUUUUUCUUCAAUUUAAUUCUAAAUGUUUUAUUUUUACAACAAGUCUUUGCAAUUGCACGAGGCUGAAUUUAAGUGAUUUGGAAUAUUUAUGCUUAAAAAGAAUAUAACAUUUAUGGAGUAAAAGAGAGCAAAAUUUAGAGGGAAGAAAAAACAUUGAGGGCCCUAUAUUAAAAAAAAAAGAAAGAAUAUAAUAAAUAAUAUUUUUGUCAUUUUACAAAAUUUAUUAUUACUUUUAGUAACCUAUUAAAGUGAGAAAAAAAAAUGAAUAUAAAAAUGAAAAUUUUAUUGUUACAAUUAUUCUACCUUUUACCCAAAAGAAUAUUCCAAUUUAUGUGUGACAAUUUAAAUUUUUAUAACAAAAAAACAUUAAUUAAUCUAUUUAAGAUGUUUUACGAGUUUUUUGAACAUCGCAUUCACCAAAAACCAUUUCACAUCUUAUAACAUAUUUCAUACAUUUUAUCGCAUAUUGCGAUUGUAAUAAUUAUUUACCUCUAUAAAUAAUAAAUACCUGAUUAUUUGCAA